AUGGGCGCCGCACGCAGCACGAGGAGCAUCAAUGCCCUGACAGGGAUUCACGUUCCAAGCCUAACGUGGUUUCUUGAAGGAGCCGAGCAAGAGAUUGAUUGGAAUCUUCAGAAGAUGCACCUUCAAUUCUUGGUCGAGUCGGGCGUCGAUGGAGUUGUCAUUGCCGGAACAAAUGGCGAAGCAGUCACGCUGAGCCGCGACGAAAAAGCGAAGCUCGUGCAGAUGACGCGCCAAGUCGCCAUCGACGCGGGCAGGGCAGCGCUGCCCAUCGGCGUCGGCACCUCGGGCCAGUGCACGCGCGACGUCAUGGCCGAGACGCGUCUCGCCGCCUCUGCCGGUGGCGAUUAUGCUCUCGUUCUGACCCCAAGCUACUUUCACUUUGCCAUGGAUACUGAUGCCAUCGCCGCCUUCUUUGAAGAAGUGGCGGAGGCGAGCCCGCUCCCGCUCGUCAUCUACAACUUCCCGGGGGUCGCGGCCGGCAUCGACCUAGACUCGGAUCUGCUCAUCCGUCUGGGCAAGUGCCCCAACAUUGCCGGCGUCAAGCUGACGUGUGGCGGGAUCGCCAAGGUGGCGCGCAUCGCCGCGACGUAUGAGCCGGAUCAGUUCUUCGCGCUGGCCGGGCAGAGCGACUGGCUGGUGCCGGCGCUGUCAGUCGGGGGGACCGGCUGCAUCACGGGGGUUGCAAACCUGUUUCCCAAGGUGUGCUUGUCGAUCUACAACCUGUACGGGAGCGGCGAGGUGGGCAGGGCGCGGGAGCUGCAGCUGCAGCUCGCGAAGAUGGAGACGGGAUUCGGAAAGGGAGGUAUCAACGGGACGAAAUGGGUCGUCGCCGGGCUCAGGGGAUACGCGGAGGGAAGCUGGCAUUGCAGAAGGCCGUAUCCCCAGUUCACGAGCGCAGAGCUGCAGAGGUGGGUGCUGGAGACGGUGCAGCCGUUGGUGGAGGUGGAGGCGAAGCUGGUUAAGAGGGCGGUGCAGAAUUGA